CAAACGUGCAAACCAGGGGCGCGGAAGCCGGGCGACCCGGCCCCGAUCGCUGACAGGGCUGAAGAAGGGCAGGCUGGAGCAGCAAACCUGGAUCGUCGCAAAUCGAAUCCUUCGUCCAAAGCCCGGCAUCUUGGCACCUCAAUUUCGCCAAUCUCCACCACUUAUCUUAUCGGCCCCCAUUUGCUGCAACAACGAGGCCCAGUACCACCACCAAGAAUGGCCCGCAGGUCUACCAAACAUUGCGUUCCUCGAGCCGCAUGACCAACUUGGGCAUCUACAAUGCUAAUAAUCCGAGGUCGAAAACUCGAGUCCGAAUCGCCGCCACCACCGUCCCCUCCGGGCACUGGGGGUCUCUUCGUCGGCCACCCAUGAAUGUGGGAAGGAUUUUGGCCUAGUGUUUCAAAAGUCGCCGUCGGUGCCAAUCGCUGCAUGUGGUGAGCGCUUUCCUCUCUCAGCAACGCGUCUUGCUGUGCCGCAGCUAGUGGCACUGUUUUGGGCAUGUUAACCGUUGGGUUUGGACGCCGAGUAUGCCCAGAGACUCCAGAUCGGCCCUAGCGCACACUGUGCAACGGUUUAGACCACCAAAGAUGUGCAAGACAAGCAGGGAAGCAGGGGGCGGAGUUUGGGGCUUGUCUUGAACUCAACAUUGACGGCCAAGAACUCCAGAUUUGUCGGCGAGCCACUCACGGUGCGACAGAAGGUGCUGCUUUUUUCUCCCUCGCCUCACUCCCCAUGGAGCUUCUUCCUCAUCUCUCUCCUCUUCCACCUUGAUGGUUGAAGAAACCUAAUGUUGCCCAACUCACUCUCAACAUACUGAUAGCUUUUUGAGUGCCAAUGAGCCUCCGCGGUUCAGAGUCAUCUGAUAUUUGCAGUUCGGAUCUGGGGAGGAAUCCAAGUGACCUGGUGGUCACAAAUCAUUGACACGAUGUCGGGAAUCCUUCGGUCAAAAUAUCGAACGGCACUUCCGCUCUUCCUUUCAGUCUUUCAAGGCCUGGCCGAGGCAGUGUCACCUGUCUCCAUCAAAGGAACAAAGUUGUACGAUGAAAGCGGCGCUCAGUUUUUCCUCAAAGGCACGGUAUAUGUUGCUGGGGAUAAUCGCAAUGAUCCUUUAUUGAACACGACCCAGUGCCAGAUAGAUGCAGAACAUCUAAAAAAUGUUGGCGCCAAUGCUGUCUACAUUUACAGCAUCGAUGUCUCCAAGCUCGGUCAGCAUCGAGGCUGCAUGGAGGAGUUCGACAAACAGGGAAUUUAUGUCUGGCUUCAGCUGGGACAGCUUCCCAUGGUUCUGUCUAGGAGCGAUAACACUCCCAGAUGGGACCUCGGCUUCUACAACACCUGGACCUCAAUAAUCGAUUCGUUCUCCGAGCACGAUAACCUCUUGGCUUUUGGAAUCGGGCAGGAAACGAUCAACGGCACGUCCGUCACAACAUUGGUGGCCCCCUCUGUGAAGGCCGCCGCCCGUGAUCUGAAGCUGUUCCGGGACAAACGAGGAUACAGACCGAUACCCAUCAGCUACACUGCCGGAGACUUUGAACAAUAUCGUCUUCUGACAGCUCAGUAUCUCACCUGUGGGCCCGCCGAGUCUAGCGUAGACCUUUACGGCAUCAACAUCUUCAACAACUGCUCUGACGACAAGCUUGACCGUCUGCGGUCCGAGUUCUCCAACCAUCACACCCCGGUCGUAUUCGCCGAAGAUGGCUGUUUUCCAGAGACCCGCGAGUUUUCCGAAGUCCAGACUUUCUUUGGGGAGUCCGAGUUCUCACGAAUCUUCUCUGGCAUGAACAUCUACCAAUGGGGGCGCAAUGAGUUCGGAUUUGCUCUUGUUGUCUAUGGUGACGAGGCCGACCGAAACCUCGGCCAACCCGAUACAUUCUUGCCAGCAUACACAUCUCUCCAGCAGGCUUGGAGCGAAACCGUUCCCCAAUCCACCUCCCGAGAUGCCUAUACCUUUUCAUCGACACAACUACCUUGCCCGACAGCUAACCCCCAGGUCGGCUGGUUGGUGGAUAGAGCUGCUGCAUUGCCGGUGAUAUCGGGAUUAGACAUCAACACCGUGACCGCCCGUACGAGACGAACCAGACCAACGACGUCCACCUCAGCAACGGCAGUGCCUACUGAAAGCGGGGACAACUCUAGGGACAACUCUAGGGAUGAGGAGGUCCUCGCCAGUAGUGGCAUGUCCGCAGGCGCGAUUGCCGGGAUGGCCAUCGGUAUUGUCGCCGCCGUUAUUGGUGGAGCAGGUGUUGCCUUUUGGUUUUUGCGAAGACGGAAAUCUCGUCAAGGGGAGCCCGAUGACCACAACAGCCCUUAUGAGAAAACUGCGGCUGACUCUGAUCGUCUCUCAACUGCCAAGACUGAGCUGCCUGACCAAGAGAGAGCUGCGAAUGAACUUGAGGGCAGGUUCCACCAUCAUCAACUACCAGUAAAGACGGAUUGGAAGUACCCUUUCGAGGCUGGUAGUAAACCUGUCAGUGAACUCCCUGAUGGAGCAGGUCGGCCUGGAAAUCAUUUUGAGUUGGAGGGGAGCCCAGUGCAUGGGCCGGGGUACAACCCAGGAGCAGAGUUGCCUGCGCCUGCACCUGUACCGAAGUAAUGAAACUUGACAAGACGCGUCAAUCUUUGUUUCAAUUUUGCACACCAACAUUUUCUUUCUUUUCCUUUCCGUAAAUAAUAGCCUACUUUACUUUGUAUCCCCAACUUGUACAAAUAAAACCCUUUGAAGAAAACAGCGCCCCGAGAAAUGUGCACAACCCAAACAAACAAACAUUGCCCCUUUUUAACCGCUAAACGACAGCUUGACAAGCGCGUCUCGCACUAACAAAACAUUACACCCGCACAACCAGCUUGCCACCACUGAUUUCACCCUUCCUCAUCCGAUCCAGCGCCUUGUUGAUGCUGCCUAACCCAGACUCCACGUCAAUAAUCUCUGGCGGCUGCACCAACCCUUCCUUCAGCAACCUCUCCAACCAACUAACCAACGCCUCACCCACCGCCGGCACCUCAUGGAACAACUUGAUGGGCACAGUAUGGAAAAGCGUCCCCUCCGGCGCCGUCUGCUUAGGCAAGCCCGUCAACCCAAUCAAAUGCGCACUCAACAACGUCGAGUCAUGCGGCGUCGACGGCGGGCUCGGAGGCGCCUCACCCUCUUUUAAGAGUGGCUGCUCACCACCACCCAGAUUAUCCGGCGAUAAAGCCUGCAGCAGACUCGUCGCCGAUUCCCUUCCGCGGGUAUCGAUCCCGAACCUCAACUUGCCCUUCAGAUUCCCCUUGAUGAUCGCUACCGCUCUUUCCGGGUCGUGGCUGUCGACCAGCAAGUCGGUCCUGAUAGCCUUGUGGUUCGCCAGCCAGAGACCGUGCUUGGCCUUGUCCACCACGGCAACGGUCUUCAACCCUGCCAGCUUGGCCAGUUGGAUGGUGAGGUUGGCGGAGGUGGACGAUCCGCCCCAGACGGCGAGCCAGUCCCCCUUUUGGGCGCGCUCAUGGGAGCGGAUGCCAUCUAGGCACUCGGCGCGGAUGUCCUCUGCUAUCCUGUCGGCGGGGAGGUCGCGGACGAGGGAGUGGAGGUCUGGUCCGUCGAGAACGUGAGAGAAGUCAAGACCGGCGCAGACACCCAGGGCGAGGGCUGCAGCGACAAAGGCGACGCCGAGGGUGGAACCUUCUUCGAUGGAGAGGGAUAGGGGGAGGCGGACGGUGUUGUAGUCGAGUCCGACGACAUAUUCUUGGUAGGCUGCCUUGCGGAGGUCGCGGUAGUCGGUGGAGAUGACGAGGACGCGAUCCUUUUCCUGAAGGCGGGUGGAGGAGGAGGAGGGGGCUUGUAUUACUGUGCCGGCGAGCUCGCGGCCGGAGAUGUAGGGGAGGGUGGGGAUGGCGAAGUUGAAGUCACUGAUUUGGUGUCAGUGAGACCUUUAGAUUAGGCAGAUAGAACGAGAUGAACUUACGGAGCCUUCCAAUCGAUGGGGUUGAGACCAAUGGCCUGGGUGCGGACCAAGACUUCGUGCUCGUCUUGGAGUUGUGGGACUGGGUAGUCGUCUGUCAACUCGUAGGGUUGCCGUGCAGCAUGCAACAGCAGGACCGUCUGGGUUUCUGGUGGAGGGGUGAGGGGUUCAUCUGGCCGGACUGGGUCUUUUUCUGCCUCUGUGAGGUUGAGACUGUCAAGCUUGGGGCUUGAUAGCGACUUUCUGAACUUGUGAAGAGACAUUUUUCGGAGGAAGGACGUUCCACUCAUUGUGUCUCUCGAGCUGCUGUAGGCUGGCACCGGCAGAGCUUGUCUCUGAUCAAAGAAACCAGUACGACUCGACUUUGAGCUGCCGCGGUAGGGUAGGCAAGAUAAGGGAUGUUGAGAAGGUGAUGUCAGCACGGGUAGUACCGCAAAAUCCGACCGAGAUUUGUCAACUUAAGUAGUCCAAAGACACAACUACGCGCUCAGAUUGCGCC